UGCUCGCAGAUUUCCUCGGCUAAAAAGCCGAAACUUUCGCUUCACCAACCAAUGACAGACCUUGAGACGAGCGAGCGACAAGCUGAACUUUCCAGCGGAGGCCUCGGCGAUUGAAAUUAACUCGCGGCGAGAGGGCAAGAGCGCCCCCUGACGGGGAGUGCGGGGAGCAGACAACGGGCUCGGACUUCUAUGACAACCAGCCUGGCGUUUUGUUUCGCUUCCCAGCGCGCUUUCGUUCAGUGUGGCGCAAUGGCUGCGAGAAGUCGCUUCGCCCCCGUGCCUGACCCGGCCCGCCUGAGACUGCGCGAGCAGACCUUCAUCCUGGACUGCGUGGCCGUGGGGAGCAUCGCCGAGGACUUCAGCCGCUCGCUGCCCAAGCUGGGCUCCGUCAUCCCCCCGUACAACGCGCAGGCGGACCGACACGCGAUCGGCUACUUCAGCAGCAAACCCGUGCCAGCUGUGCUCAGGAGGACCGGCCAGUCCAAAGGCGGCACGUCAAUCCUGGGACCCCUGGCUGACCGGUUUAACCAUCACGGAGCUGCUUCUCUCUACCUGAGGAAGAGGAACGCCGAGGGGGGCACAGGUUACUCGUCGGAGGUGCGGGACGGACACGGUCACUUCCUGGCAUCGGUGCGCCCCGUCUUCGGCUACAACGGGCUUUACGGAUUCCGGAGGAACACGCCAACCCUGCGCAGGCUGCCCUCUCCCUUUGGCACGUCGCAGCUCGUGCCACUUCACUAAAGCCCGCUCAGCGAAGAGGAGGAGGAUGGUACAUCCCGAGCAGAUGAGCAAGACCCCCGGUGGGUCGGCAAACACAGAGGGAGCCCACAGAAGAGCCUUGUGCAGUUUGUAUCGUGGAGGUGCCCGGUGCCCGACGCCCAGACGCUCUCUUCCUGCUCAGCGCGGUUUCUUUCAAGCCACUGUUUGUUUUUUUGCCUGCAAUCUUAAUUCCAAAAACAUUGGGGCCGUUUAGAGACCACCAACACACACAAGUGGGAUCGACUGGGAAUCUCUCUCCACCCUGCGCUCCAUCAAAAACAUUUCAAAGGCGCCUUACUGGAUGUCAUGAAAAUGCCCCCCAAGUCACGUGAGGCCAGGUGCGUGUCCCCCACUGAGGCGGGCGCCAAAGACCCCCGUGGGUUAAGUUGAGCCAGCACAGUUUUCACCUGUUCCUCGUCCCAGGCCAGACUCUUUAGGAGUCGUUUCUAGCUGGUGGGGUGAGCUGCCCACCUCCAUGAGAACUGCUGACUCCCUCAAUGCCCUUUUUAUGAAGCCCAUUUGAAGACCCUCUCGUCUGGUGAGCUUCUGCCGAUGGCUUUGCUACAUUUGUGUACCAGAGGAGGAGUGACGAGCUGGCAUCUGGCUUGGUGUUCUUCACAAUGCAGCUGGCAGCCGGGCACACGUAACUCGGGCAGAAUGUCAUUUGGAGUUAAAAAGGUGGGAUGUCCCUGGAAAAAAUGCCAUGUACUGCUCCACAGUUUGUGCCAGUCUAGUGGUGCCCUCACAGAUGGCUACCAUGACAGACGCUGACAUAGGACUUGGAUGGUCCGUUUCAUCUUUGGCCGGGAGAACAUGGCAUCUGUUGACUUGAUGAUUCUCCUACCCUGCCUUCCAUCUCAGAUGAGACCGAGCCUGGAGAAGCUGGUGGCAUCUUUGGGUACCAGUGAUGUGUGGCUUCCACACUGUGACUGGUGUCGGGUGACAAAGGUUUACCAAGGAGCUUUUGAGCCCACGUCCUGCUAUCCAUUAGACGGUGAUGUCUGAGGGGCCAGAGGUGACACACACAUUCACAGCUGGAUUUCAGCCUUGACCUUUAAUCACCUUAAUUACCUUCUGCACUGUUGAGGGUGAAACACCCAAAAUCCCACCAGUUUUAGGAGACUUCUUAUCUGCUAGGACACGGCCGCCUGACCUGCCACACAUCACCUUCUUCUUUCAAGUUGUCACCUCAUUAUGAGUCCCAGACUGUACUGUCCCAACUUUUUUGGAAUGUAUUGCAGACACCAAUUUCACAAUAAACAUCUGU